GCAUCUAAUUGUUUGUGAAUUGGAGACCAAUUUCAUGUCAAGAAGACUAUCAGUAAAUACUUGUCUCGAGAUUUUGUGGCAAAACAAAAGUUAUUUUCGGUCUUUUGACUCCGGGUUUAAAUGAAUGAAUAACUGACUGACUCGUGAGACUUGGUUCACAUAAUUAUAAUAAUGAUUGCAAUCAUCGGAAGAUUGGUUUUAACGAUAAUCGUUGCGAUCGUUGUCUUCACGGAUGGCAUCCAAUGCGCUGAACGCAGGAUUGGAUACAAACACGAGGAGGACAUCAUAAUAGACAUAAAGAAAAGUAAUUUAUGUGCCGAAAUGGGUGGUCCAAAGGCGCUGGGAAUGGAGUCGGGAGUCAUAUCCGAUGUGGACAUCACGGCCUCCUCAUCUUAUAAUCAACAGAGUGUCGGACCUCAAAAUGGACGACUAAACCGGGAGAUAUCUGGAGGCGCGUGGUGUCCAUCAAAACAACUCAAUUCCGUCUUCUCGGGCAGCGAAUGGAUUCAAGUGGACCUCAAAGACAAGUUUGUGAUCACAGGUGUGGGCACUCAGGGAAGGUUUGGUAACGGCGAUGGUGUAGAGUAUGUCGAAGAAUAUUGGUUGGAGUACUCGCGAGAUAACGGCACCAAUUGGAGCAAAUGGUCGGGCAUUGAUGGCAAUCAUAAAUUGCCGGGAAAUAUGGACACGUACACAGUUGUGAAAAAUGACCUAUCACAUCCUCUGGUUGGCAUUAAUCUGAUACGAAUCGUGCCGUUUGCCGGCCAUCAGAGGACCAUUUGUAUGCGAUUCGAGCUCUUCGGCUGCAGACAAAACAGUCUUCCGGUGCGAUACUCAAUGCCCGAUGGCUUCAAAAGUAGCAAAUUUGGUGACUUAGUUGACAUGACUUACGAUGGAAAUCGAGACAACAAUGGAUACCUAAACGGAGGUAUCGGACAACUGGUCGAUGGUAUCAAAGGUGAUGACAACUAUAAAGUUAAUCACGUGUUUGAAUGGAUCGGAUGGAGAAGCAAUGGUGAGGUGAACGAUGGCGUCCAAAUCAUCUUCGAGUUCAAUGGGUUAGAGAACUUCACGUCCGCCACCUUUCACUGCCAUAACCUCUAUAAGCAAGACAUGGAAGUGUUCUCAGCGGCGAAGAUAUGGUUUAGUUUUGACGGCAAGAUUUGGUCCAAAAAGCCGUUAGAGUUCUCGUAUAUGGCCGACAACGCCAUCGAUAGGGCCCGGGAUGUAGUCAUUCAUCUGCACCAUCGCAUCGGAAAGUUCGCUAAAUUUGAUCUCAAAUUUGCGAAGAAAUGGAUUUUGAUUAGCGAAGUGUCGUUUAAGUCAUCCGCUAUUAAAAGCAAUUACACGCAAUCCUACACCCAUUUAGAGGCUGUCCACUCGUUGACACCCAUCACCACAGCCGCCAUCAACAGCGACAGGUCUUCGUUGACUGAAUUCAUAGUUUUGAUAUCAUUUGGAUUGGUCUUCACCAUCAUAUUCAGCGCUAGUAUUGUAUUACUUCGGCUGCAUAUGAGACGGAAUAAUAAGUCCGGACAUACCGUCGCGUCUAGUAAUGUAUGA